AUGGUCACAUAGUCAAAUAAUUUUAUUUUACAAUACACAUGAAUAUAAAUUAAUGUGCCAUUAUAAGUUAUCAAUAUAUGUUUCGUUUUAAACCAACCUUGUGAUGUUCUAUUCGAAUGUAUUAAAUUAUGUGAGAUCAGAAGGUACAAAGCUAUUCGAUUGGUCAAAAUGCGGUGAAAGUUAUCUGUCAACAAUUCCGACAAUCUUGUGGGCAUUAGGUUCUGCUGCACUUGCUCAUCGUCUUAUAUCAGCAAUGUUCAGAAGAUUCAUAUUCAGACGUAUACCAAUAUGGGAGAUCGUUUUACAGAAUCUGUUAUUCAUUUGGAUGGUUAUUUACAGUCUCCAUUUUUGGUUUGUGGUCACAAACGUCAUGAAAUUUCUAGUCAAAUAUUGUUACGAAACGAACGACGGUUUAAUCCCAAUUGAUGAAGAGGAAAGCUGUAAGAUCAUGCAGCAAUGGAUGAUUUGGAUGUGUUCCACGGUGCCACUAGUUUUCUACAUAUACACUCGACCUAAGUCAGUGGCACCACCGCUUAUGAUAUGGAUAACUACAAAUCCAUGGCACCGUCGAGAGAUGGGAGCGUAUGGUUACUAUCUCAAUCGACCCUUUUCGUAUCUACACCCGGCGAGCAACGAGUCCCUCUGUCAACGAGCUCUAUCACUCAGAAGAGCCUUUAGCGAUUCAAGAACUGUUAUCAAAGAACCGCCAAGAAAAAGACGAAAUUCUAAAUCUGUUUAA